AUAUCGAGAGCUCCUUGAGGCGACGACGCGGCUCUCUUUCCCCCAACCUAGGGUUUCUUCGACGCGAAGAAUCCAUCGAUCUCGAUCUCUACCUCGAUCUCUACUUUGAUCUAAUUCCAAGCAGAUUAUUUAGUUGAAACAUGUCAGAUAGUGAGGAGUACCGCUGUUUUAUUGGGGGCCUUUCCUGGUCAACAACUGAUUCAGGUUUGAAGGAUGCAUUUGGCAAAUUCGGCCACCUAACUGAGGCGAAGGUCGUUCUCGACAAAUUCUCUGGUCGAUCUCGCGGUUUUGGCUUUGUAACUUAUGAUGACAAGAAAGCCAUGGAAGAAGCCAUUGAAGCCAUGAAUGGUAUGGAUUUAGAUGGAAGGUCUAUCACUGUGGACAGAGCUCAGCCACAAGGACCUGGACGUGACCGUGAUGACCGUGAUUAUGGCCGUGACCGCGACCGUGACCGUGGUCGUGGCCGUGAUCGUGGCCGUGACUUUGGUGGUGGGGGGCGUGGAUCAAAUGGUGGAGAGUGCUUCAAAUGUGGCAAGCCUGGCCAUUUUGCCAGGGAGUGCCCAUCUGGGGAUGGUGGAAGAGGGGACAGAUAUGCUAGUAGAGAUGACAGGUAUGGUGGCGGCAGCGGCGGCGGCGGCGGCGGUUACAGUCGUUAUGGACCUGACCGUGGCGGUGAAAGGUAUUCUGGGCGCAAUAGGGAUGGUGGGGGCCGCGGUGGGGGAGGGGAUCGAUACAAUCGUGAUAGGUCCGGUCCAUAUGAACGUCCCAGUGGAGGAGGCUACCGUUAAUGGUGCAUGCUAAUUUAGUCAGCCAAGAGAAAAUGCCGUUCUGGUGCUCUUACAGCGAUGGACCUAGUUCCCUAUUUCAGUUUGCUUUCUGCUUUCAGUGUUCUACGGUGGAUUUUCCAGGCAUGUCGACCUUUUGAUCCAAGGGGGCUUGGUUGGAUUCUGCCGGUUCAGAUGUGAUUGUUACCUUAGAAUUGUGUUUUGAUCUGGUGCCAUACACUUUUUCUGUGACCUGCUACUGGCUUUUGGUCUUUGAAUAUUUGAAUGUCACUGUUGGUGUUGGAUUUUGGAUGAUUUCGUGCUACGUUGUGCGUCGAUUUUUGGAUCCUUCGUAAAUUUCUCGCUGGGUCUCUAUGGGGUACCAAGUGGUAUGACCACCUCAAUGAAUGGGAUUCAUUUUGGACUGCCUUAGAGAAAUAUCUGUAAAAGAGAAGGUUUCCCUUUCUCUCAGCAGUGUUUAGCUCUCUCCAAAAUGCAGCUUUGAACCCCAUCAUUGUGGAAGAAAAGCCUGGCUAUGAUUUUGGCUUACCUAGUUCUAAUGCUUUACUGUUUGGACAUGGUUUCUGCCUAUUUCUGCCCGACAUUUUCCAAGAUGACAAUUGCCCGUAACUCAAUAAGCACUGAUAGUUGAUCGAAACUUUAUCUAUUGCGUCAAGCUGGAUUUCAAUCCUAGUAAUGCAGCCUGAGAAUUUUAUCAAGAUCCUUGAGAGCCUCGGCAAACAUUGUUUCUGUGACACAGUUCCUUCUAUAUUUUGUUCCCAUGGUACUGGAAAAAGUAGCCCUUGCAAUCCAAAGUUCUCUUAUCAAGCCUGUGUACUUCGUUCCUGAGUUGCUUGCUCGGCAUUCAGACCUAGUUUGGGAGUGCUUCCCUAAAGUAACGGUUCAGUGCUUUUGAGCUUCGAAAUAAAUGGGAAGCGCUUUGUUAGAGGUUCGCACUCUUCCAAUAAUACGGGAUGGUGGUCGGGCUAUCUAAGAAGCACCACCAAUUCGUAGAAUUGGAAAAGUGGAGCUCAAAAGUGCUUUCUUAUUUUUUUGGAGCUCUAAAACAUAAGGCUGCUGUGUUAGCUAAAGUAUUCCCAAACUAGUUCAUAGUUCCUUACUUCCCAUAGUUGGAGAAUUUGGCUCUUUUGUUGCCGGAUUCGUUCUGUCCUGAUGAUCACUACCUUUGGUCCUUUGUAUGAGCAGCUGGAAAGUAUGGGCUCUGGGUUUUCAUCCUUACUAAUGUCCUAAAUUCGUGAGAGUAUAAAAGACACUGACCUGCAAUAGGAGGCUGAUCUUUGUGGUUCCAAACUGAAAUGCGAAUCUCUUUCUACACAACACAAGAAUGUGUUUCAGUCGCCUAACUUCAUUCUGAUAAUUCUGUGCCUACAUGUGGUGAUGCUUUUAAUCAGCAAUAAUAUAGUUGAUUUUGCAGUA